AUGGUACUUAAUGUCGUGCUAUUACUCUUAGUCCGGAUAGUAUUAGAGAAUGUUGGAUUAACUAAUGGAAACUCAGCGAUGCGGAUGUUGCGUCUACAGCAAUUUAAAACAAACCAGAUGGGGAAUAGAUGGACGUUUUACACAUUGGAAUACCAAAACACGGUUGUUGCUCCUGUGAAACUCAAUAAGACAGUAUGUCUAUUAUAUUUCACAGGUAAAGAGGAGUGGAGCCGGGGAGGGAGGGGGAGGGAAAAGGAAGAAAACACGACUGACUGA